AUGUCCGAAACAAGCACCGCUCAGGCGCCCGGUGUUUCCAUCCUGCAGGUUUCUGCACCUUACCUAGCUUGGCCUGUCAUGUUUCUCUCUUUCGCUAUCGGAGACGGCGGCUCUUCUAUCCUUUUUUCUUUUUCUUCUUCUGCCCCUCCUCAGCAUGGCAUCUUACUCUUGUUUAAUGUGGUAAGGAGUGGGAUGAAGUUGGUGGAGGUCAGCAGCACCGAAAUGGUUCCUCCUCCUGGAGGACUGGGAAGAGGGGCACGCAUUCCUUCUGACAAGCGUCAAGCGUCACACGCUCUCCAGCCAAUGCUCCAUGUUUCCCAGAAAGGUCAGACCAAGACUAAAUGCCGCCAGCGCACAUGUCAAGCAUAG